CUCUGUAGCCGCGUUGGCGUUUCCUCCAGAGCUCAGCCGAGUCAGUCCGGGACUGUGAUGUGCUGAGGAUCUGAUAUCCUGAUUUGACAGCGCGGACUGGGCAUGAGAAGGCUUUCACUAUGGAAACAGAGAUGAUGCCAAAAUUCACCUCAAAAGAUGAAGAAAUUGAAUACUGGAAGAAUUUGUCCUUCAGGUACAAGAAAAGUUACAAUGACGCCCAGGAGGAGCUGCAGGAGUUUCAGGAGGGUAGCCGUGAGCUAGAGGCGGAGCUGGAAGCUCAGCUUGGCCAGGCGGAACACCGCAUCAGAGACCUGCAGGCUGAGAAUCAGCGGCUGAAAAAUGAAGUGGAUAACCUGAAGGAGAAACUGGAGCAGCAGUAUGCACAGAGCUAUAAGCAGAUCUCUAUGCUGGAGGAUGACCUGGGCCAGACACGCUGCAUAAAGGAGCAGCUGCACAAAUAUGUCAGGGAGCUAGAGCAGGCCAAUGAUGACCUGGAGAGAGCAAAGAGGGCAACCAUUACAUCUUUGGAAGACUUUGAGCAGCGACUAAACCAGGCUAUUGAGAGAAAUGCAUUCCUGGAAAGUGAGCUGGAUGAGAAGGAGUCUUUGCUGGUGUCUGUGCAGAGACUAAAGGAUGAGGCCAGAGACCUAAGGCAGGAGCUGGCUGUCCGAGAGAGAACAUCAGAUAACACCAGAAUGUCCGCACCAAGCUCUCCAACUCUGGACUCGGACAAAAUAGACACCGCUGUUCAAGCGUCCCUGUCUCUUCCAGCUACACCAGUAGGCAAGACCAUUGAGCAUCCAUUCAUGAAUCAAAAAGCAUUGACCAAUGGCUGUGGAAAUUCUCCGCUCACCCCCUCCGCUCGGAUUUCCGCCCUCAACAUUGUUGGCGAUUUGCUGAGGAAAGUCGGGGCACUGGAGUCCAAGCUUGCUGCCUGUAGGAACUUCGCCAAGGAUCAGGCAGCCAGGAAAAAUUACAGCACAGAGAAUGGCAACCUGAUCAACAGCAAUGCCACAAAGUUCUCUCAUUCACUCCACACGACAUAUUUUGACAAAGCGAAUAUGAAUGGACUGGACCCUGGAGCUCUGAAUGGAAUGACGACCCAGCGAGCUGUGUCCCCUCCUGGUGUGCUACCACUCAGUGUGUGAAAGACCCACCUGCUGGUUCCACGCAAAGCCCUGGACAGCAAAUGGACGGACACUUGAAACCGUGUGUGCGCGUGUGCAGUCAUGUGAGGCUGCGUAGUUGUAAUGAUGUGCCUUGUGUGUCUGGCAGAUGCAUGUCGGUCACAGCAGCACAUAUUAGUCUGUUAGUUCUGAGCUCGGUUCCGAAAAGGUCUUGUUUCCCACUUUUUUUUUUUUUUACUUGAAGCCCGCUUAAUGACAAAGGGGCCCAAAUGGCCACUGCUAGUUUUGGUUCUAAUGUGUUGCACAAGGGGAUUUAGUUUCUGGUUAGAAUCAUACAUCUGAAAAGGCGAUAUGAAGAAAAUACUUACAGUAUAUACCUCCUGACUGAGUUAGUUUUGUGGUUUUGGAUACUUUGCACUGAGCAGUGGGUCAUUGACCCCGUUGGCCUUUCAACAAUGUGUAGAAUGAUCCCUUGCUUUUUAAAUGGGACUAUUUCAAACAUAAGCUGGUUUGUGUCAGCCCCUGGAUAAACUAAUAGCAAUUUGCAUAUAUAAACUGACUUUUACUGUACAUUAGCUUUGGGCAGUUAGUACAGUAUAAAAGUGUGCUGUCCACAGCUAACUACACUACUAGUCACUGUAGUAUCCUAGCUUACAAUGGUUAACAUGGGUUGAAAAAAAUACUGUUUUAUUUGUCAUUCUGUGGUAAUGUAAACUGGUUUUGAUGCAGUGUUGUUGAAGUAUACCGAUCGAUAAAUUGUUAAUGGCUGUGUGAACGUCUAACCCACGUGCUUUAUAGCUCGCUGGUGGGUUUUAAGUUUAGUUUAUUUACUUUACUCAGUUUUCUCUAUCAUCUCUGCUUACCAAAUCCACCCAGUUUUGAAGCACUUUUUUUGCCCCAAUAGUAUUAGAGUUCAUUAAGUUAUUACGCACUCUUGACGGUUUGCCUUGUCACAUGUAUAUAGGUUUGUGAAAACUACGUUUUGCCCAGGAAAACUGUAAAUACCAAAUCUGGGCCUGACAGCUUUAUUUAUUUAUUUCAGAUUCUUUAUGGCAUGUUUUGAGAGAGUGAAUUUUACAUAUUGUACAAUGUUUCAAAUAAUAUCAUGAUCAAACGGUUUGUCCAAUAAAGUAUAACACCUAUUAA